AUGGCUUAUGGGUAUGCGAAUAUGGAGAAGCAAAGGCAGAGAUUGCCAGUGUACAAGUACAGGACGGAGAUUCUGUAUCUGGUGGAGAAUCACGCUACCACCAUCAUCGUCGGCGAGACGGGCAGUGGAAAAACCACCCAGAUUCCUCAGUUCCUUAAAGAAGCUGGAUGGGCUGAAGGAGGCCGAGUUAUUGCUUGCACACAGCCAAGACGUUUAGCUGUCCAGGCGGUUUCUGCCAGAGUGGCUGAAGAGAUGGGAGUGAAUCUUGGGGAUGAAGUUGGCUACACAAUUCGAUUUGAAGAUCAUACAACUUCCAUGAAGCUCACGAGCGAUCUAUUUCAACCGACAUUUUACUGGAAACGCCAGGCGCCAGAAGGUAGUACCCAUGGACCAAAGUUGGAACCUGCGAUCUUAUCUGUCGAGGGCAGAGGCUUCAGUGUGAAAAUUCACUAUGUUGAGGAGCCUGUUUCAGAUUAUAUCAGAUCAGUUGUUUCAACGAUAUUGUUGAUUAAUGAGCGGGAGCCACCCGGGGAUGUUCUUGUAUUUCUAACUGGUCAAGAUGAUAUUGAAACUGCCAUUAAACUUCUUGCAGAAGAAGCUCAUAGCAAUCAAAAGAAUUCUUCAGGACUGCUGCCUUUGCCAUUAUAUUCAGGACUUUCUCGAUCGGAACAGGAAUUGAUCUUUACUCCAACUCCCAGAGGAAAGAGAAAAAUUUCAGAUAUCGAAAGUCUUGUGGUGGCACCAAUAUCCAAAGCAUCUGCUAGACAAAGGUCUGGUAGAGCUGGUCGGGUUCGGCCUGGAAAGUGUUACAGGCUUUACACGGAAGAUUAUUUUCUCAAGCAAAUGCCUGGAGAAGGCAUACCAGAGAUGCAGAGGUCGAAUCUUGUUUCUACUGUGAUACAGCUAAAAGCUUUGGGCAUAGAUAAUAUCUUAGGUUUCGAUUGGCCUGCACCUCCAUCCCCACAAGCAAUGAUACGGGCACUUGAAGUCCUUUAUUCACUUCAAAUCCUCGAUGAUGAUGCAAAACUCACUUCGCCAACAGGAUUCCAAGUUGCAGAACUUCCACUGGACCCAAUGAUAUCGAAAAUGAUUUUAGCUUCAAGUGAGCUUGGUUGUUCAGAUGAGAUCAUUACCAUCGCUGCAGUUCUCUCUAUCCAAUCCGUUUGGGUCAUUGCCAGGGGAGUACAGAAAGAGCAAGAUGAAGCAAAACUGAGAUUUGCAGCUGCGGAGGGUGACCAUGUCACAUUUCUGAAUGUAUACAAAGGGUUCCUUGAGUCGAAAAAGUCUUCACAGUGGUGUUACAAGAAUUUCCUCAACUACCAAUCCAUGAAAAAAGUGGUUGAAAUCAGGGAUCAACUCAAACGGAUUGCUCGGAGAUUAGGCAUCACCCUGAAAUCAUGUGACGGAGACAUGGAGGCUGUGAGAAAAGCAGUGACUGCAGGGUUUUUCGCCAAUGCAUGCCGCUUAGAACCACACAGCAAUGGGGUGUACAAGACCAUCAGAGGCUCUGAAGAAGUUUAUAUUCACCCGUCAUCCGUAUUGUUCAGGGUGAAUCCGAAAUGGGUAGUUUACCAAUCCAUCGUCUCAACAGAGCGUCAGUACAUGAGGAAUGUCGUCACCAUCAAUCCUUCGUGGCUGACAGAAGUUGCUCCACACUUUUACCAGAACCGGCAAAACGCUAUGGACUUAUAA